CAGCUCCAGCUCCAUCCCACUCACCAAACAAGCGUAACCCGACUGUCACCACCUCUCGCGCUUGUCGCUCGGCUCAGCUGCUCCAACGACGCUGGGCGUUCGUCGCAAUACAUGUUGCGUGCCUCGUCGCCCAGAACGCGAUUCUCACGCCUCGGUUGGCCUGCCUGAUGUGAAGGCCCCUGACGCAGCAUCGCAGGGCAUGGGAGGGCCGGCCUGUCGACUCGCCAGCUGUUUGCACGCUCACGCCAACCUGAUCCUACCACGACGGCUGAGCUGGCGCGCUGCCCGACCUCAACCGUUCAACCCCAGCUCCUCCCUGGCGCUUCAUCCAUCCAUCCGGAUUUUUGAUUGCCUGACGCGACGUGAGCGGCGGGGACUCUGGGCGCGACUGCGCCUCACUCUCCGCCUGAGCGAUCUGGGAACACAUCACUUGCGCGUUGCUCUCUCACUCAUCCUCGUGCCGCGUCGGCCCCACGAGCCACGGCCAUGGCAGACACCUUUUCCGGCUAUGACGGUCGGUCCCAUGAGCCGCAAUGCUACAACUGCGGUGCCGUAGGGCACUGGGCGGUUGCAUGUCCUGAACCUACCCGAGCAACGCCAGCUGGUUUGGCUGCCUGGAAGAACGCACCUGCUCCCAGUCAGGGCAUACCGAAGCAUCACGGCAAUUCUUCCAAAAGAUCGAAGGGACCCAUCAUCACCAAGUAUGCGCCUCCACCUCCGCCGCAGCCUCCAUCCUAUGGCCCUGGCAUGGGCCCCUAUCAGCCUCCGCCUCCGCCUCCGCUUCUCCCAGGACACCAUCAACAUCCUAAUGCAAUUCCUGGACCGCCGCCCGCGCCGCAUUACUCUCAGUACGGCACUCCAUCUCCGUCGUACCCCCCCGGCUACACGCCGCCGCCCUAUCCGUACGCUUCGGGCCAGCCCUAUCACCCCCCAAGCCCUUAUGGAGCUCCACUGCAAUACACUCCUCCGGGCUACGCGCGUCCAAUGCCGGGUCCUCUUCCACCUGCUCCGUACCCCGGAGCGCCUGUUGCCCACGACCACAGGCCACCACCGUCUUAUUACGGCCAGCAAGCGCCUCAGCCGGCGCCGGCGCCGUAUGCGCACUCUUCUUCGCACCACUCUCCCAGGCCCCCGCCGCCUCAGCCUCGCCCAGCGCCGCCAGCAGGUUUCGCACAGCCGCCGCCUAAGCUACCAGGCACUAGGAUGAGCCAUCCACUGCCGCCGAAGCCGCCGCCGAGCCAGGACCAGACCAAAACUCAACGCGAUCACCGCAACAAACGCAAACACGACAGGCAGGAUAGUCAAGACGGGCGUCACAGGGAUCACAGGGGUGGAAACAAGCACGCGAGUCAUGGCUCUCAGUACGAUGCCCAUGCCUUCCCCUCGUCAGCAGGACAACGUUACUCGUCUUCUCAGGGCUCACCGCCAAGCCGGCCAAACCACAACCAUCCCAAGCCUAGUUCUCAGCAAUUCCGCAAAGGCAAUCACUCUGAAACGCAGAUCCGCGCGUCUACGUCGCCAGCGAAAAGAAGUCGAUCCGAGAGGGCCGGUGGAGCGAACAAAGACCAGCCAGAGGAAUCAAUACAAGCCGAACCCAUCGGCGAUGAAGCGGGUCCUGCUCACAAGCCGCCCCAGGGGAAAGAAGCCGAUAGGUCCCAGGGUCCUCUGGUGGCGCAUAUGCCUGAAGUGGUUGACCAAGUGCGCCUUGUGGACGAGCUCGCGGCUGACGACGCUGCGCCGGAGCGCAACACCGAGGACGAGGCUGUGGAGACUAAGACGGUCAGCACCGAUAAGGAGGAAGGUGAGAUUGGCAACGAUGAUGCGAGAACUAGCACCUCGUCGUAUGAGCCUACGAUGAUGAGACAGCCACAACGGUCCACGUCUGGUGAACCUGGCCCGCACUACAAACGCUCGCGUAGCAGCGACGUGGAGGAGCGCCAACACCACAAGAAGCGAAGACCCGAUAGCCCAGCACCGAGGAGUGACAAGACCAGCGAGAGCGGAACUGUGAAUGGCACCCUCUGGGACGGACUCGACGUCCCUAGACAGGCCGACCGGAAACGCCGAGGUUCCCAUGCGUCUCAGGGAUCGAAGCAAUCCUCUGCGUCCAGCAAGUCGUCGGACUUGAAUUCUUUGGAGGCUGAGCUCUUAGGUCGGCCAGUGAAGCAGAAGCUCGUGGCCGACAGUCCGCCGCGCCAGCGUUCGGACCGGAAACCCGUGAAGGCUAAGCGUCGUCCGGCCAACGCCAACUCGGCCUAUAGGUACGAUUUUAUCUCGGUCUCAGGCUGAAGGAGCUUUCUUUCUAACAUUCGCAGCCGCCGCUGGUAAGCGACGAUGCGACGAUCGCCCCAUCAUGGCACCGUAGCGGGCGUUGCUGCCCCUCGAGCCUCGUUAAUUACUCGUGAUUCUCUUACUGGUCACGCCGUGGUCGGACUCAUAGCAGGCCCAAUGGCCCCUGAGGCUUGCCACUGCUUCUUGUACUACCUUUUGCGGUUGGGAUAUGUGGCCUUGGUGCCCGACACACCCCCACUGUCUGCUUGCUAUCUGCACUCGUGUCUCUCUGCGUGAACCUUUUCCCCUUGGGCCCCACGACCGUCACGACCAAGCAUGGAACAGGCGUUUUCAUUUCUGUCUAGAAGUUCACGAAGUGUGCGUGAACUGGCUCAUUUGGCACGCUUUCUCGGGUUGAGACCCGUGCCAAUGGGCGUUAGGAGCGCAGCGUCGCGCGUCUUUCGUUCUGUUUGGCAUGACAAGCAGGUAGAAAAAAGACCUUUUGCCGUUUCCCCCUCCACCCUCGUGUCGCCGCGGAGUCGCAGAAGGGGGGCUGGCGGUCCUUCAUGCGCUCUCCAUUUAAUCACUUCUUCUCUGUGCCCCGUAUUCCAACCACCAUCUACUUGCCACGCCACCGCCCUUCGUUCCCAUCACUUCAGCGGCACACAGGGACCGCAAUGCCAAAACAUACUUAUAUAAAGCCAGGUGUCAAAAUUAGAUAAACAAGACGAUGUACAAUGAGCUCAGCAGGUAAGUUCACACAAUGUUUCCUCCCUAUUGACGGGCGUUUCCCGUGUCGAUGCAGCAUCCAGUCCAGCGACUGAUGCUUUUCCCGCCUCCCUUGCCUUCGAAUUCUCGACGGCCAGCACUCUAUUUGCAAGAAAUCAUGUUUACUCCUCGUCUUCGUCCUCGUCGACCUCGGUAACCUCGAAGUCGGCGAGUUCUUCUCGGCGGGUAAUCUCAAAACGCUUCUUAAGGCGGUAGGCAAGGGCGCGGGCGCGAGCCUUCUCGGGCUGAGUGAAAGCAAAGGAGCCGCCAAAGGGACCGGCCGGGGUGCUAUUCCUGACCAUACCGACGCAGACAUUGGUGGCAUUGCCCACCGUGCCAGUACAGGUCAUGCCCUGCGGCAUCUGUACCUUGACGGUGAAGUCGGUGUUGGUGGCCGUGGACAGGCCGGCAACGAUACCGGGGACAUUCUGCGUGACCUGGGCAGUCUGGAAGGCGCUGGCGUCGGUGCCGCCGGAGGAGGGAUCGAUCUUGGCCGACAGAGGCCCGGCACCGUCCUGGUUGAUCUAAGAUGUGUGUCACGUCAGCAUCUGGGAUUGCGGGAUUGCGGGUAUGCUGUGAUGGUGCGUACCUGACGGUAGGUGAUUGUGACCUCGCCAUUGUCACUGCAGGUGGGCAUUCCCUGCGUUUGACCAUUGCCGGCCGUCGCGGCGACCAUGGUUUCGGCAGCCUUGUUGGACUUGGUGCCAGCGUUGCCACCACCGCGGCCGCCGCCAUUGCCACCGAGGAGGCCGCCCAAGAGCCCGCCGAGCUGGCGCUUGCUCUCUUCGUUGCUCCGCUGUCCGAUGCCCUUGAGGCCGGUGAGGCCGGCGAGGCCGGAGAGGUCAUCUUCUUGGCCGACCGAGGACUCUUUGCCCUUGUUGGUCGGGGCGCUCGUGCCACUCAUGAAAGCGUUGACCAUCUUUGCGGCGUCAACAGGGCCGUUGCCCUGGGUGCGGCCAAGGGGGCUGGCCCGUCCGUUGGCGAUCUCACGGUCGCGGAUGAUGGAGGUGUCGGCCUGGGAGCCACAACCGUUGCUCGAGCAGUCGCGAGGGGUGCCGUCGGCAACUAUUUGACCAACACUGUCAGCUCCGCGCUCCCUGUUGGUCGCGAGGCGGCUGGGGGCUUCCGGCAGGGAGACGGCAAGAAGACGUACUGCUCAAUCCGGGCAUCACGACACCGUUGGCGCCUGUGAUGGAGGUGACCACUCCGUGCGCCGAGGCGCAGGCGACGAGGGCCGAGUAGACGAAAGCGUAACGCAUGGUGAGUGAUUAAAAAAUAGCUGCAAGUAUUGCAACAAGUGAAUAAUAGACUAGCUUUGGAACAAGCUUGUUUCUGCAAGAAGACGAAGGCAGCCUCCGGGGCUUUGUGCACAAAUGGUCACAGACCUGGAUAAGAG